AAACUUUACGCAAACACGCAGUGGAAACAGUAGAAGCGCUUCUGUGCGGCGUGCAGCUCGGUGCUAAGCACGAAAGAGGGGACACGGCGAUUGUAUUUUAAACAGUUUAAAGGUGUGGUUGGUGCGCGCUGCGCUGCAUACGGUACUCGCAGUUCCUCUCCCUACACCCUGCGAAAGCACCAGACAAAGUGCGCACGACGCGCCCGCCAUCAUUGCGCUUGUGGUGGUGCACCCUUUUGUAACCGCCAGACAGACAGCCAGCGAACUUGAGCGCAGUCAGCGGCGUCGUUUCCGCCACACACAAUAUAUCCACGAUGGCGUCACCACAACAAACCAGCGCCGCGAUACUAAUUCUAGUGUUAAUUGGCACAGCUUCCGGGCAAAGAUCACCGACGAUUUCCUACAUAACACAGGAACAAAUCAAAGACAUCGGCGGUACGGUAGAAUUAGUGUGUUCUGUGCAAUACUCACAGGAUUAUCCCGUGUUGUGGAUCAAAGAAGACCCUAAUCAUAAUAUUGUACCGAUUUCUACAUUAUCGACACUAAUUUUACAAGAUUCACGCUUUUCUCUGCGUCAUGACAAGGCGAGUUCAACUUACACGUUGAUCAUAAAAGAUAUCCAGGAGACCGACGCUGGUACCUACGGCUGUCAGGUGCUCAUCUCGGUGAAUAACAAAAUCUCCGCCGGCGUGCAGCUGCAGGUGCGUCGUCCGCCAUUCAUCUCCGACAACUCAACGCGUUCACUCAUCGUCUCCGAAGGUGAAAGCGUACAACUGGAAUGCUACGCCGGUGGAUUCCCAGCGCCGCGUAUCUCAUGGCGUCGCGAAAACAGCGUGAUUCUACCUUCAGGAGGAUCAAUCUAUCGCGGAAACAUCUUGAAAAUGAAGAGUAUACGCAAGGAGGACCGUGGUACUUAUUACUGCAUCGCCGAGAAUGGUGUCGGACGCGGCGCGAGGCGUAACAUCGCCGUUGAGGUGGAAUUCGCGCCGGUUGUGACCAUUCCACGACCGCGACUCGGGCAAGCGUUGCAGUAUGAUAUGGAUCUGGAGUGUCACGUGGUGGCGUAUCCACCACCUGCGAUCGUCUGGGUGAAGGACGGUGUGACGCUAUCGACGAAUCAGCAUUAUAAGAUUGAUCAGUUUGCGACUAGUGAUGAGUUUACUGAUUUCACCGUGAGGGUGAUCACGAUUGAGAAGCGUCAGUAUGGGACUUACACUUGUAAAGCCACGAAUAAGUUGGGAUCUUCUGAAGGGAAGGCUGAACUCUUCGAGUCGAUUAUUCCGGUGUGUCCACCCGCAUGCGGUCAGGCACGGUACGGUGACGCUGCCCAGCUGGAGACAAGCAGUCUGGCGCUGAUGACGACGCUCGCGAUCGCGUUAUACAGAAAUCGCCGUGGCCAACAUUAACUACCCCGGCCUAAUCUGGGAGGCUUCCUCCACCUCUGGCAGCCGAAACUCUCAUGUUGUAAUGAGCGCAUUGGCGAUGCUCGUCGCGCUGCGUUUAGUUUAAUUUUAACACUCGACGCGGAAUCAAUCUUUGUACAAAAUUAAUUUAUUUUUAAGAUCUGACUAACGAAACACGACACGUCCAUGAAGAAUUUUAUCCAUUAGAUUUUAAUGAUAAUAAUAGCAAUCAUUCCCGAAAUUUGUAAGAAAAUGAAUUUUUGAUACAAGAAAAAAGGUAGUUUCACGAGAACACUCACUAGAUAAGAAGUUUACGCGUAAGGUAUGGUAGAUUAGUCGUAAUUUAGCUUAAACCCGACAUGUAUGUACAUUUUUUAUACUUGUAUAAGCUAAUAAACAUUUUUUACAUCUCA